AUACUAUAGCCAAGUAGCGUGAAUUAAGAGUUCAAAUGGAGUGUAAAAAACCUAAGCACAAUAAUAUCCAAAAUAUUAAUUUAUACAGUUUUAAACCUUAAACGUUAUUAUUCUAGAGUCCAAUGCCUAGUGUCUCUCUGGUAAAAUAUGAUAGUUUCAGCUUCAUCUUCGAUUCGCUGCUCUUUCGCUUCUUCUUCAACUGUGUCAUUGCGUCCUCUCAGAUACGCUGUGCUAGGUGCUGGUUUUGCUGGUCUCUCCGUGGCUUGGCAUUUGUUGAAGAACAGUCAUAAAGAGUUGAAUUUAAGUAUUGAUAUAUUUGAUGAAGUUGGUAUCGGAGGAGGUGCCUCUGGCGUUUCUGGUGGUCUGCUUCAUCCCUAUUCUCCUAAAGUUAAGCUUCUUUGGAGGGGUGCUGAAUGCUGGAAGGAGUGUUUGACGCUCUUAAGUGUUGCAGAAAAGGCAGCUGUUUCCAAAGACUCAAAAUUUGAAUUUGGCGAGUCAGAUCAGGGGUUUGGCAGUUUUAUAGUUAGGAAAAGGGGCAUCUUGAGACCAGCAACAAGCAUGAAGAAUUUGAAUGUGUUGUAUGAUAAUGCUCAGAACUGCGAUCCCAGUUGCAGAAUAGAGACCAUUGAUGAGGAAGUUGCUCAAGAUCUUGUUCCCAAAAUAAGUGUAUCUUUCAACUCAGCCUUUUACAUGCCCCAAGCUGUAAAUGUUCAUCCUCUGAGAUAUCUUCAGGCGCUCUUCUUGGCGUGUGAAAUUCUAGUGAAAGAAUUAUCUACUUCUAGCCACGGAAAAAAGGAGCUAUACUUGCACAAGCAAUCUACUCAAAGACUAAUUGAACUAGAAGGGGAGUACGAUGCAGUGAUAAUAUGUUUAGGUGCCAAAGCAGACAUGCUUCCCGAGCUCUCUGGGAGGCUUCCCUUGAGGACAUGUAGAGGUGUAAUCGCCCAUCUGCAGCUUCCUGAUAAUAUAAGGGAAGAAUAUCCAGAUUGUGCCCCUUCAAUAUUAUCAGAUGCAUGGCUUGCUGUCCAGGGGACCCGCAGUUUAUACAUGGGCUCAACAUGGGAAUGGAAAUCAAGAAACUCUUCUCCAAAUGUCUCAGCAGACGAAGCUGCAAAAGCCCUUCAAGAGCUUCUGCCCAAGGUAUCUGCUUUUUACCCUGGAAUUAAGGAUUGGACUUUUACUGGAGCAAGGGCAGGUUUGCGGGCAAUGCCGCCACUAACUCCCCAAGGUUCACUUCCACUUUUGGGAUGUGUGGAUGAUUUUGUUGGUGAUAAUUGUACUUGUAAGUUCUGGUUAUUUGGAGGACUCGGUUCGAGAGGUUUGUUAUACCAUGCUUGGCUUGGAAAUUUGAUGUCUCAGGCUGUGCUUUCCGGUAAUGAACGAUUCAUACCUGCUGAACUGACCUCCUGGAAGAGAAUCAAUCGAUAAUUAUAGUGCAGUCUGUAGUAUCCACUUUUUUGCUGCACAAUUUUGAAGGGUGUGAUUGCUGGGUUAAUUCUGGGAAUAGCUCAUACUCACAAAACAAAAAAUGGUUGAGUAGGAGGUUGGGUAGACUGGAAUAUCCAUCCACACUUCAGAUUGUAUCUAACCUUUGAACCCAAUUCUGAAGGGGUAAAGAGUGGUUUCGUAACCUACAAGGAAUUAGAUAGUCAUUCAUUUUCUUGGUUAUUUUAUUUGCCGACGAUAUGGCAGAUUUAAUAUAUUUUAAAAAUUUCUCUACUCGACACUUUCUUAUUUUGGGUCUAGUAUUUAUUAUCAGUUUUGUAUUUUGUCUAGAUCUUGAGGCAAAGAUGCCUAAAAAACUUUCAUAAUUAGAUGUUGGAAUGCUAUUUUACUAUUAGAGAUU